AUUUUCCUUGACAGUAACCUGCUCGUUUUGAUACAAGUGUACCAAUGAAUCCCUAUAAUAAAAAAGGGAAAGGGCGUGGGAAACGUCAAGUACGUGCUCCUAGACUGCAUAAUGAAGUAGUAAGGAGGUCUCCACGAGGGAAAACUAGACAAGCACCAAAUGCGCCGCUGCAACAGAAUCAGGGAGGCAAUCCACCACCGCUACCAGGACAAGUGCUACUUCCACCAUUGCCACAAAGGCAAGCACCACAGGGUGAAGGAGGUUAUGUACCGAUGCUCCAAGGACAAGUACCGUUGCUACAAGGACAAGGAGAUCAUCCUCCACAGCCACAGGGGCAAGGACCGUUGCCACAAGGGCAAGGAAAUCAUCCUGCACAGCCACAGGGGCAAGGAGAUCAUCCUGCACAGCCACAGGGGCAAGGAGAUCAUCCUGCACAGCCACAGGGGCAAGGACCGUUGCCACAAGGGCAAGGUGAUAAUCCUCUACAGCCACAGGGGCAAGGACCGUUGCCACAAGGGCAAGGAAAUCAUCCUGCACAGCCACAAGGGCAAGGACCGUUGCCACAAGGGCAAGGAGAUCAUCCUGCACAGCCACAGGGGCAAGGACCGUUGCCACAAGGGCAAGGAGAUCAUCCUGCACAGCCACAGGGGCAAGGACCGUUGCCACAAGGGCAAGGAGGAGAUCCUCGACAACCUCACGAGAAAGCACCAAAUGCAUCGUUUUCACAAAAGCCUCCAGUUGGUCAGGUUUCAAAGAAUCCUCCAGUUUCUCAGUCAAAUGGUCCUAGUAAUAGCUUUCAAGGACUAAAUUUAUCAAACAGGACUAUUAAAACUUUGAGGCUUUUUAAUAAAAAUAUGUCCGAGACCUUAAAAAUGAAGACUAUUACACAAAAUCAGCGACAAACGGAAGAAAUUUGCAGAAGUCAAAUGACUGUUGAUAAAAGUCUACAAGUAAUUACGUCAAGUAAUUCAAGCAAUGAGAGCAAGCGUGAAGGUGAACCUUCUCCGCAACUUUCGAUGACUCAAUAUGUUCCUCCCUACUUGAACCAUCCUCAGUUCUACCCUGUGCAUCCUAAUUAUAGUAUGGCAUCGGUUCCUCAGUAUCACAUGGUCCCAGUUCCUCAGUUUCCUUUCCCACCCGUUUCUCAGUUUUCUAUGCCACCAGCUCCACAGUACCCGAUCUCACAACUCCCUCAGUACCCAUCUAUGCCUUACAACUCACCAUACGGUUUUCCACCUCAUUACUACCCUCCACGAUACUUUUAA